AUGGCGGAUUCUAAGAAACCAGAGGCUUCUAAGCCUGUUUCUAUUGUGUGUGUAGGCAUGGCCGGUUCUGGUAAAACUACCUUUAUGCAACGAAUAAAUUCUCAUCUACACGGCAAGAAAGAGCCUCCGUAUGUCCUCAACCUGGAUCCUGCUGUGCGAAAUGUUCCAUUCGAGAGUAAUAUCGAUAUCCGCGACUCUGUCAACUAUCAAGAAGUGAUGAAAAGUUACAACCUUGGACCAAACGGAGGAAUUCUCACAUCGCUCAACCUCUUUGCCACAAAGAUUGAUCAAAUAUUGACCGUUCUCGAAAAGCGCACUAUUCCCGAUCCCGAGAAGCCAGAUGCGACUCCCAUCAAACAUAUUUUGGUCGAUACGCCAGGUCAAAUUGAGGUUUUCGUUUGGAGUGCUUCGGGAAGCAUCUUAUUGGAUUCUUUGGCUUCGACUUUCCCGACGGUUAUUGCAUAUAUCAUUGAUACACCAAGAACUUCAUCUACGAGUACUUUUAUGAGUAACAUGCUGUAUGCAUGCAGCAUUCUAUACAAGACAAAACUGCCAAUGAUUCUGGUCUUCAACAAAACGGAUGUUAAGGAUGCUGAAUUUGCUAAGGAAUGGAUGACAGACUUCGAAUCUUUCCAGGCUGCUCUCAGAGAAGAGGAGGAGGCAGGAAGCUUCGGUGGCCUAGAGGGAGGUGCUGGUGGAUUAGGUGGUGGUAGUGGAUAUAUGGGAUCGUUGCUCAAUAGCAUGAGUUUGAUGUUGGAAGAGUUUUACAGUCAUUUGAGUGUGGUGGGCGUCAGUUCCAUGACUGGUGCAGGUAUUGAUGAGUUCUUUGAGGCUGUGUCAGAGAAGGCUAAGGAGUUUGAAAGAGAUUAUAAGCCAGAAUUGGAACGCCGAAGAAGACAGAGGGAUGCAGAGAAGGAGGAAAAUCGAGGAAAGGAAUUGGACAAAUUGAUGAAAGAUAUGGCUGUUUCGGGAGAGCCUUCAUCUUCUAAAGCCAAAGGUCCACCAAAUGCUAAACCCUCCACCGAUAUGGAUACGCUAAGUGAUAUGGAGGACUCUGAUGACGAUCUAGCGGCCGGUGGAGAUGACGAUGAGGACGGUGGGGAUAACAUUGAAGGAUUAAGCUCAAGAUACAAGGCAGCUUUGGCAGAUGGAGGAGGCCCAUCUAAUGCAGACGAUCACAGCUUCACUCGAUACAUUAGAGCUAGCCAAAUGAAUAAUAUGCAAUAG